CAUACCUGGCCUCACAAAAUGAACUUACAGUAUUCCUUUUUAAAUGUCUUUGAUCGAAGUGCCUAGAUAUACGUCAAACCUGAUUGCCUCCCGACCAAAGUUCUCCGAAGUCAAGUACCUUCUCACAUACUGGCUGCAGAUAUGACGGCGAAGUUUCACUUCCCGAGUUAAUUGGCUCAAGUUGGUUGGUAUGGCUGGCAAAAUUUUGCUUACCUCGGCAGUAUAGACCUAGUUUCCGCACUUGAUUGACUUGCAACAGAGGUCAUUGAGGCUAGCAGAGGCGAGUGACACUCAAGGUUUCUGUCAGUAUCAACCCGGACAAUAAGACACAGAACAAAGAAUUUAUCAUGCAGAAUGUAGGCAGUAAAAUCAAAUGUUGUAGCAUCCAGUCAUCCGCACAUUUGAUUCUCUCGUGGAACUAGAUUAUCGCAGCAGGUUGUACGCAACCAGACUCUACUGUCAUGUUCAGAACCCAUGACCUUCGUAUCUUCACCGUGCCUGUUCUUUUACUUCCCUCCUACUCUCAAGCUCAGUUCAAUACGUCAUUAGUAUGGCGUUGUUCCGCAAGUGAUAUAUGCAAAGUCGAAGCCCGUUCCUCCAAUCUCAAAGCCUUGAACGCUCCCUCGCAGCUCUUGACUGCUUGGGAAUCACUAGGCAUGUAUCCGCAUAGUUCAUUUGGUCUUGUCUCGUCGGCCCAUAGCUUGGGUCAACACAUUCGAAAUCCUCCAGGACCCAGCAACAGGGCUGCUCGCUCCAAGUCCGAUAAAAAAAAGGUGUCGGUAGAAAAUAGGGAAGAAAAAGAAACAAACGGAUAUGAACACGAAGCAAAGUCCCAGUCGUAUCAGAAGUCCAUGACAAAGAAGAGAAAUCAGAUCCAGGUUGCGCCGCACCGUAAGGUAGUCCGUAUAGAAAAGGAAAGUUCCGCAAUGCCCAACGAUGCCGCCCCCAGCAUGAUCGAAGUGUGCAAGUAAGAAGGCAAUGAAUACGGCCUUAACGAGUAAGACGAUUGAGAUCGCGAAGAGUUAGCCGCUCUCAGGUCGUAGGCGGGGGCUGGAAAGUAUGUGUCGUUUCGGUUGUAUCGGGUCGCGCCUCAAAACGCCGGGCUACAAGACAGCCAAAGCCAUAUCGCGGGAUCGCAA